AUGAUUACAAUUUUAGAUGAUUCAGUAGAAAAGAGGGUCUCAAUGAAAUAUCUUCCAUGUGGUGGAAACGUUGUAUUAGAAACGCGAGGCCAUGUUUGUCGAUUGAGAAACGAAGAUGAAGCACGUGAAAUGUCACAGAGUGUGCUUACUGGGUUAAUUUGGUUACAUAAAGGAGGUUACGUUCAUCGUGACAUUCGGUUAUCGAAUAUUCUCUUUGUUCCUGGUGUCACAGAAUAUAAAUAUGUUCUUAUCGAUUUUGAACAUUCUAAUUUGGAUGGAUUAGAAGUUUCUGAACAUUUGAAGGAUUGGGACAAUUCAACACUCACAAUCACAAUCAGAUAUGUAUCAAUUUGGAAAAAUGCUUGA